AUGCCCUCAACAACCUACGACAGCACAAUCCCCGUGUGCACCUCCAUCCUGCGCACCCUCACGCACAUCCUCCAAAAAGCCAUUGCAACCACCCCGAACCCAGACUCCCUCCUCUCCGCCCGCCUCCACGAAACAAUGUACCCGCUCGCCGACCAAAUCCGCCUCGCCACGCAAUACACGGAGAACCUGGCCGCGCGGCUAAGCGGGCGGGACGCCACGCAGUUUGGCGGGAACCCGUCGUCCUUCUCUGAGAGUUUCGAAAGAAUCAACGCCGUUCUCGAGAGUCUGUCCAAGGCCGAGAAGAACAUUGUCAAUGAGAACGCGGAGAAGGUUGCGCCGACGCCUGUUGGCCCGGGUGUGACGGUGGACAUGAGUGGGGCGAGCUAUGCGCAUUCGAUUGUGCUCCCGAAUGUGUAUUUUCAUUUGGGGACUGCGUAUGGGAUUCUCAGGAAGGAGGGGGUGGAGAUUGGGAAGAGGGAUUGGUAUGAGGGGUGGUUUCCGAGGGAGUAA